CUCGAACCAUAGCCACACCCGAACACUUUCCACACCUACGACGUAAUAGGGAGAUAUGGGGGGUUGGGCUAUAGCCGUGCACGGUGGCGCCGGCGUCGAUCCUAAUCUCCCAGCCCAUUGUCAAGAUAAAGCCAAGCAACUUCUCACUCGCUGUCUCCAACUCGGUAUCUCUGCUCUUAAGUCCAAUCUUCCUGCCAUCGAUGUCGUUGAACUUGUCGUGAGAGAACUGGAAACAGAUCCGCUGUUCAACUCGGGACAUGGAUCUGCGCUGACAGAAAAAGGGACGGUGGAAAUGGAGGCAAGCAUCAUGGAAGGUACAAAAAGACGAUGCGGUGCCGUCUCAGGCCUUACCACCGUCAAGAACCCGAUAUCGCUGGCCCGCUUGGUGAUGGACAAAUCCCCUCAUUCAUACCUCGCUUUCUACGGCGCUGAAGAAUUCGCCAGGCAGCAGGGUGUGGAAACAGUGGACAACGAAUACUUCAUCACACCUGAAAAUGUUGGUAUGCUGAAGCUGGCAAAGGAAGCGAAUGCUAUUCUGUUUGAUUACAGGAUCCCAGCCGGAAGCGAAACGUGCGGUGCAGGGGUAGAGAAACCACUGCAGAUGAAUGGACUGCCCAUCAGCAUAUACGCGCCGGAGACGGUGGGGUGCGUGGUGGUGGACAGCGAGGGGAGGUGUGCGGCGGGGACGUCAACGGGAGGGUUGAUGAACAAAAUGACCGGAAGGAUCGGAGACUCGCCGUUAAUCGGCGCCGGGACCUACGCGUGUGACGUGUGCGGGGUAUCGUGCACCGGGGAGGGGGAGGCCAUCAUAAGGGGGACACUGGCGCGUGAGGUGGCGGCGGUGAUGGAGUACAAAGGGCUGAAACUUCAGGAAGCAGUGGACAUGGUAAUCAAGGAAAGGCUUGACGAAGGGAUGGCUGGGUUGAUCGCAGUGUCCAAGAGUGGUGAAGUUGCCUAUGGCUUCAAUUGUAAUGGCAUGUUCAGGGGCUGCGCCACUCAGGAAGGUUUCAUGGAAGUUGGAAUCUGGGAAUAGAUUGUGCAACGUCACUGUUUGUACUUUUACUUUUCCCCUCUGCGUUGCUCUGCAUGUCUUAUCUUUUAUUCCAACCAGGGUCCUCUGGCUAGCAUUUUGUUCUCUGUAACUCCACAAUAUAAUGCUCAAAUAAAUAAUAGUUGUUUGUUCCUUCAAA